AAUGUCAAUGUUAUUGAGUAUUAUUUUAAUCAAUAAAAAAUAAUUCGCUUGCUUUUCUGUUUAUUUAUCUUUAAGGUUGCUUAAAAUGAGCAAUAGACAGGAAAAUAUAAAAAAAUCUUUAGGUGCUAGAAGAUUCCUUUGGAGUUCGGAUGAUGAAGAUAGUGAUUCUCAAACGGAAAGUCCUGGUUUUCGUAGAGCAAAUACUGAUCCUAACCUACAUGCAGAAGUUGCAAAUGCAAAUGAAGAUUUAGGAGUGGCCAAUUCACCAUGUGCGCUCACACAAAGAGCCCCCACAAAACUAGAGAGGGCUCAAUUUUUUAAGAUGUUAAAUAGCCCUGUAAGGGUACCUCCGCGUGGAUCUGCACUAGAAUGUUACUAUGAUGGGCCAUCUGAAAUCUUUGAGGAAUGCAAUCCCAGGAAUUGUAAAGAAGUUGAUUUGAGAAAGAUUCUCUCCAUCCAGAAAUUGAAGCGUAGUAUGAGCUCUCGUAAUGAGAGGAGCGGACCCUCAUCAUCAAAUGUUAUGCCCAAUGUUGAGAGAGCAGGCAGGACCGAGGCACCACGGGUACUUAUGCCCACCCUUUCUGCGUCAAACAUAAUACCUGCGAUGUUGGAGCGCGCCCGCUUGCUGGAGGAACCACAGCCGUCCACCAGCUCGCAGUCUGCGCCACCGAUGUCACAAAGAAGACUGUUCUCUAUGGUCACAGACCAAUCUGAUAAUGAUCUAGAUCAGCAGGAGAUGGACACGUCUAUGAAUGCUGAAAAUGACACUGAGAAUGUGGAGGCGGAAAAUGUCGAUGAAGACAAUGUUUUGGGGUCGCAAAUGAAGCAGGAGACGAGGGAUGUGAGGGAGGUGUGGGAGGGGGAAGCUGACGGAGAAGCGGACGGCGAUGGGGACGGGGAGGGAGACGGGGACGGGGAAGGGGAGCCGGAGGUGGAAGAGGAGAUCGACGUGGGAAACGAAGAGCGCCCGCAGCCGCCCCCUAGCGCCAACAAUGAAGCACAAACUGCCGCGGUCAAUCCUACCCAGCGCUCGGUACAGACGCAGGUCGCAGAGAAUAAUACCCAGGCCCGGAAAAGAAGAAGGGAGAGCCAAGAAGGUAGCUACAUUACGUACACAGUGCAGGAGUUCAAUCAGUGCCUGCUGCGGCUGCUGGAGUGUCCGGUGUGCCUGGAGUGGAUGGAGCCCCCGAUGUCUCAGUGCCGGCGCGGGCACCUCGUGUGCAGCCGCUGCCGCGCUCGCCUCACCGCCUGCCCCGUCUGCCGCAUCUCAUUCUCCUCCGUCAGGAACCGCGCCAUGGAAGGGGUGGCCGAGCUGCUGCACUACCCGUGCCGACACGGAUGCGGGCGAGGACCGCGACUGCGCCGGCGCGAGGCGCACGAGGCCAACUGCGCCGCACGACGCUACGCCUGCUUCGCCCCUGACUGCGCAGACCGCCCUCUGCUGCCGCUCAAAGAUCUCUACACACACAUGCGGUACAAGCACCCUUCAAUGCUGAAGAUCGGCAAGAGGCAACGUUUCUCUGUGAAGACGAGCAGCGAGGCGCACGAGAUGUGGCUGGUGUGUGCGGAUGGUGAGCUGUUCCAGCUGCGCGUGGACGUGGACACUCGCACCUGCGGCCUGCUCGUGCACGUCACAUACGUUGGCCCCAAGUGCAACGCCGCCAACUUCGCAUACCAGGUGACGGUGGAGGGUCGACACGAACGUAAAAUAGUGUACUCUAGAGAGACGCACAGCGACUUGGAGAACACGUCGCUGGCCAUCUCGCGCCAGGACUGCUUCUACCUCGGCUUCAAGCAGGCCCACAACUUCAUCCGCGUCGAGAACCACAGCCCGGUGGAGAGGUUCAUCGAUUUCUGUAUUGAAGUUAUGUGUCUUAAUACACCAGAAAAUGAGGAAUCUUCAAAUUAAUUGUAUGUUAGUAGAAAAUUAAACUUUCUACCGUAAAUUAAAUGUUAGCAAAAACUAGGAUUCUUAAUCGACUUCAUUGUCCUGGUAUUGUAACCUGAAGAGAUGAACAUAGAGCAAAUCUAUCUCAUUUUAAUGCAGAAUUUGGUUCACAAAAAGAUCAGUUGCUUGAAUUGUUUUAGUUUAAAUUUUCCUUUUAAAUUUACUUCUUAAAUUUUAAACCUUGUCUUUGUACCUUCUAAAUAAGGUAGAAAGAAAUAGACAGGUAUUCAUCAAAUUCGCCUGUUAAAAUACAACCAUUAAGUCUUGUUACCAUAAAGGUGUAAACAGGGCUGUUUUGUCGAAGCUGCUCUUAUACGUGUCAUAGAUCUGUCUUAAUUCAUGUGAUAUAAUUUAAAAUCCAACAUUCCUCAGUUGCGAGACUGAAAUAAUGAGUGAUUAAUUUAACCAAUUUAAU